CAGGAUGUCCAUGUGAUGAUAUUUGUUGGAUUUGGUUUCCUGAUGACCUUUCUGAAGAAAUAUGGAUUCAGCAGUGUUGGUAUCAAUAUGCUCAUUGCUGCCUUCGGUCUCCAGUGGGGAACCCUGAUGCAAGGAUUUUGGCACCUGAAACAAGGGAAAAUUCAUGUUAAUAUCAAAAGCAUGAUAAAUGCAGACUUCAGUACAGCAGCUGCUUUGAUUUCAUUUGGAGCAGUCCUGGGGAAAACAAGUCCUGUUCAGAUGCUGAUCUUGACGAUUCUGGAGGUCACAAUUUUUGCAUGCAAUGAACAUCUAGUUACAGAAAUACUUCAGGCCACAGAUGUUGGCGCUUCAAUGACUAUCCAUGCUUUUGGAGCUUAUUUUGGCUUGGCUGUAACCCUAGUCUUGUAUCGUCCUGGUUUGAAAAACAAACAUGAAAAUGAAGAAUCUACCUAUCAUUCAGACAUAUCUGCCAUGAUUGGUACCCUGUUCCUUUGGCUUUUUUGGCCCAGUUUUAACUCUGCCAUUACAGCUCAACCAAUUUCCCAGGUUAAAGCAAUUGCCAACACUUACUAUUCCUUGGCUGCAUGUGCUGUCGUAACAUUUGCCCUCUCCAGCCUGGUGGAUCAAAGAGGCAAAUUCAGUAUGGUUCUCAUUCAAAAUGCCACUCUGGCAGGAGGAGUAGCAGUGGGUACCUGUGCUGACCUGUCAAUCCCCCCUUUUGCCGCCAUGUGCAUUGGGAGCGUUGCUGGAAUCAUCUCUGUCCUUGGGUUCCACUUCCUGACUCCUUUGUUGGCAUCCAAGUUGAAUAUUCAAGACACUUGUGGAGUUCAUAAUUUGCAUGGUUUACCUGGAAUACUGGGAGGUAUUGCUGGCAUCAUAGUAACUGCAAUAAAAAAUGAAGUUAGAGAAGGUGUCCGCCUUACUCCUGGCAUGCAGGCUGCUGCCCUGGGCAGUACAAUUGGAAUUGCACUAGUAGGCGGAGCAUUGACAGGCGGUAUUCUAAAGCUGCCCUUCUUGGGACAAGUAUCUGACCAGAACUGCUUCGACGACUCUGUUUAUUGGGAGGUUCCAGAAGAGGAGAAACGACAUGAAAUUCACUCCAACAACUAUGAUGAGCACAGCGGAUUUGAAGCCACCAUGUAG